CCAUUUAAGACAUAUCAUUGUCUCUGCAGCAACCUCGUCGUUGCCACCAUCCACAGUCUAGAGUCUUUGCCUCGAAGAAGCGAACCUGUCCAAGACCGUGCUUUGAUUAUUCCUUCCUCCACCACCAUCUCCACAUCUAGCGACAUUGGCACAGAUGACGCGUCUACGCAAUCCAUUACUUCAGCUUUGUUGAAUGUUCUCCCAGAUCGCCGACCGAUCAUUGUACAGCGCGAGGAUGGAUUUGAGAAGAGGAUAUUAUUAAGAUGCGGAAGAUGCAAAUUGGUGCUAGGGUAUGUUAUGGACGCACUGCAGACGUCUAGCUCGAUUUAUCUCUUGCCUGGAGGAUUGGUUGAAACGGCAGAAAUGGUGAAAGGGACCCGGCCUGAAGUGCCUGCUUGGGCUGAACAGAUGGGAUGA